UAUUCUUCGAAAAAUGUUUUUUUAAGAUUGAUUUUCAAAAUGUAUCUAUUCCCAUUUUCUGUACAGAUGGACCAAAAAAUGCUGACAAUUGUGCUGCUGUGUUUAUUACAUUCGACCGGAUCCCAGGUUAUCAUGGGUGGUCCUAUGAUGAAUGGCCCUGUCCCAAUGAAUGGUCCAAUUACUAUGAUUCCAAUCAAUGGUGGCCCAGCCACUUCAAUGGUUCCCGUUAGCGGCGUUCCUCCAAAUAUGAUGCCGACCAAUGGCGGAUCUCAAGAAACGGUUAUGAUAAAUGGCAUACCUAUGAGACCGGUGGGAGAACCUCAGAUUGUUGCCAUUUCCCCACAGACAGGGUUACCUCUGUUCAAUGGUAAUGGGGGUUUUAAUGAUGGCGACGGAAACGGUGAAACUGAUGUAAGUGGCAUACCAAUGAGACCAGUGGGAAAUUCUCGGUUAGUUGCUAUGGUCACACCUCUGGGGUCCUCUCCAUUCAAUGGCAUGGAUAAUGGAAAUCAAGGGAGGAUGAGAAACGGUUUUAGACCAGUCCGAGGCGGAUCCCGCAGAAAUGAAAACAGUGGUAGAAUGAGAGACAAUGAUAGACUCCAGGAAAGAAAUGGUGGGUUCGAGGGAGAAGCUAACGGUAAUGGCGGUUUUGAUGGUAGAAAUGGUAGAUUUGAAGAUGAAUUCAAUGGCAACGGUGGAAAUGGUGGAUUUGAUGGCGAAUUUGACGGGAACGGUGGAAAUAGAAAUGGUGGAAACGGAGACAAUUUCAACGAAAAUGGUGGAAACGGAAAUGGUGGAAACGGAAAUGAUAGAAACGGAAAUGGUAGAAACCGAGACAAUUUCAACGGAAAUGGUAGAAAUGGAAAUGGUGGAAACGGAAACAAUUUCAAUGGCAAUGCUGCUCCUUCUCAAAAUGAUUUUCCUGGAGACAAUGUAGACAUGAUAGAUGGUCGAUCAGGACUUGUAAUGGUGCCUUUAUCAGAAGGGCUACCUCGUUCUCAACUGCCAAUGAGAAGGCUAAUGAUAGUGCCCCGCAGACGGCUUGUUUUCCUAAGACGUCCAUCAAGAAGACUUGUUUUUAUGCCUCCUGGAAGCAUGACGCGGAGAAGGCUGCCAACAUGA